GUCCCUCGAAUCCAAAUCCAUGGAGCUCGAGCCUCUAGCUUCAUUUAUCCUUUCGUAAUUUACCAAACCUCUUGGAUUCAUGGAUCGUAUGUUGAAUUGCUGUUUGUGAUAUUGAAGCUGAGCUAUAGCUCUUCCUAUAUUGUGUUUCAAUAACAAUGUCUCUCUGAGAGAGGGCUGCUUGCAGACACAGGUCAAAGCAAAGGUCCCGAAGAGGAAGUAAAGGCGUGCCUUUUCUGCUGGACUUUCGUGGGUCUGUCAGGGACGAUGUUCUCAGCAGCAGGGAAGCGCUGUUUUACUAUUGAAUCUUUAGUGGCGAAGGAAAGCCCGUUAUCUGGGGAAGAGCCAAUCCGCCCCACAGCUCUAAGCUACACAGCCCCCACAGACAGUUUUCUCAACGGUUAUCAAACUCCUGCUGGCCGCGCACUCUACACCAAUCCGGAGCUGGUCUUUCCGGAGACGGUAAACCACACACCUCUGAGCGUGCACCCUCACCAGCUCGGCAGCACGCACUUUCAGCACCCGCACUUCUUCGGGACACAACACCGCGAACCUUUGAAUUUCUACCCAUGGGUCUUACGGAAUCGAUUUUUUGGACAUCGGUUUCAAGGAAAUGACGUUUCACACGACUCGUUAUUGCUGCACGGACCUUUCGCAAGAAAGCCCAAACGGAUCCGGACGGCUUUCUCACCCUCGCAGCUGCUGCGUCUCGAGCGAGCCUUCGAGAAGAAUCAUUACGUAGUCGGAGCAGAACGAAAACAGCUCGCAAACAGCCUCAGUUUGUCCGAGACGCAGGUGAAGGUGUGGUUCCAGAACCGCAGGACCAAGUACAAGCGGCAGAAGCUAGAGGAGGAGGGGCCAGAGAGCACUCAGAAGAAGAAGGGCAACCACCACAUCAACCGUUGGAGAAUCGCCACAAAGCAGACUGGAUCUGAGGACAUAGACGUCACAUCCGAUGCCUAGAAGCACACAUGAACCAAGUCUAAACUCACAC